GAGCCGUCCGCAGGCACCCUGCGGAGCCGGUGGGGUGCCUGACAGCCGCGUUGAAUGAGAGGAGAGAGAGAGGUUACCUGGCUGGUGUCUUGUUUUGGUUAUCUUCUGACGGGGCAAAGAACUAUGUCAUGGAUCAAAGAAGGAGAGCUGUCACUUUGGGAGCGGUUCUGUGCCAACAUCAUAAAGGCAGGCCCAGUGCCCAAACAUAUUGCAUUCAUAAUGGAUGGAAACCGUCGCUAUGCCAAGAAGUGCCAAGUGGAGCAGCAGGAAGGGCACUCACAGGGCUUCAACAAGCUGGCUGAGACCCUGCGCUGGUGUUUGAACCUGGGCAUCCUAGAGGUGACAGUCUAUGCAUUCAGCAUUGAGAACUUCAAACGCUCCAAGAGUGAAGUAGACGGGCUGAUGGAUCUGGCCCGGGAGAAGUUCAGCCGCUUGAUGGAAGAAAAGUGUUUCCUAAAUGUCUGCUUUGCGUACACAUCCCGUCAUGAGAUUAGCAAUGCCGUGAGAGAGAUGGCCUGGGGAGUGGAGCAAGGCCUGCUGGAUCCCAGUGACAUCUCUGAGUCUCUGCUCGAUAAGUGCCUCUAUACCAACCAUUCUCCUCAUCCCGACGUCUUGAUACGGACUUCUGGGGAAGUGCGGCUGAGUGACUUCUUGCUCUGGCAGACCUCCCACUCCUGCUUGGUGUUCCAACCUAUACUGUGGCCAGAAUACACAUUUUGGAACCUCUGUGAAGCCAUCCUGCAGUAUCAGAUGAACCACAGCAUGCUUCAGAAGGCCCAAGACAUGUAUGCAGAGGAGCGGAAGAGGCAGCAGCUGGAGAGGGACCAGGCUGCAGUGACAGAGCAGCUGAUGCAAGAGGGGCUCCAGGCCAGUGGGGAUGCCCAUCUCCGACGGACACGCUUGCACAAACUCUCAGCCAGACGUGAAGAGCGAGUCCAAGGCUUCCUGCAGGCCUUGGAACUCAAACGGGCUGAAUGGCUGGCACAUCUGGGCACUGCAUCAGCCUGAGGCUGGCCACCUGCCACUUUGCCCUGCCCUCUGCCUCCAGGGCCCCACUCCCUAUUCUUUUCUUGGUGAAAGGUACCUCUCUCCUGAUGAUGAAUUAUAUUCCCUUUGCUUGGCAGGGAAGCCUGAGGCCAGAUCUGCUGACCAUAGGUACUUUUGGGCUGCCUGGGACAGUGGCCCCUGGGGAGGAUUGAGGAUGAGAAUCCCCUGCAAGUACACUAAACCCAGCUCUGGCCACCAAUAGGUUUGGAGAGCAGAGGGCCCCAACUCAUUGGCUGCUUGUGCUCCUAGAUGCGCUUUUUUCCACCAGCGCAUCCUUCAACACAGAAUUUGGGGGAUGAGGUCUCCCCCAAACCCUAGCCCUUUACCCAUCUAUCUUAGCUUUCCACCGACUUUCACAAAAGAUUUGGCUCUACCUUGGAUCUGCUGGUAAAUAGCUAAUAGGCAUCCAGCAUUAUUUGGGCAAGGAAGAAAGGGGUGGGAGAGACAGAAAGAAAAUUUGCCCAUCUGCUGCUCCUCCCCCUUGGCUCUCCACCUGGGAUUUGCUAUUGAAUCUCUCCCCCUCCCACCACGCAGUACUGAUUGCUCACUGAAAGGCUCAGCGCCCCCAAUGGCGCACGGAAGCCAGGCGGGUGAUUACAAUCCAAUUACCUAUUGUCGACUCAGCCUACACAAGCUUUUCUCUUCCUCUUGCAGGGCAUGGGGCCAGGCUCCACUCCCUAGUAAGAUGCCCCUCUCCAUGGCUACAGGUUAACAGAAGGGCCUGUGGACCCUGGUGAAAAUAAUCUAGCACAGGCUUCCUUCCCUAUAACACAUCAGGAAGGAGCAGAACCAAGCACUUCUCCCAACUGGCUGUGCUUCCAGCUUCUUCAUCUCAAACUCCGAUUCCCACUUCUACAAGGUUUCUCUUAGCUUUUUGACCUGGCUCCCUAAGUAGGCCCCAAGACUAUUUAUUCUCAGCAUGGCAAAGCUUGUUCCAGGCAUUCUCUGCUUGUGAGGGCCAAGGCUGCCCAGCAGGAAGAAGAGGGCAGAGUCAAGACUGUGUCCUUUCCCUUACUUCCCCCUGCCAGGUCUCACUGCAGAACUGCUGAGAGGAUUAGUACCUUUGAAGAGCUGUCUGUCUGAGCAACUCUGCUUCAGGCGCCCCAGAGCAGCAAGUACCAGUCAGUAAUACCAAUGAAAUGCUACUAUUUAGACUUCUCA